CCACCGGAGUCAUCCGCGGCACAAACCCAAUGAGCUUAGAGAAAGUGGGCCGUCUCUGCGCUCUGCGUGGCCCUUCCUGCUUCAGCCUCAACUUUCUGCCUCACUCGUGUUUCCUGGCCUCAUCUCUCUCACACAGAAGAGCCCAAAAAGUGUCCGGCUGCUUUAGAAUCACAACGGACUGGAGUCGGGAUAUAUCUUUAAAUCUUCCGCGCUGGGAAAUAGAGCUCAAAACCGAAGUUUAGUUAGGUUUUUUUAAAUUGUUUUUGUUUAAAUUUACUUUUGCGGGUUUGAGUAGGAAGCAGAGACAGAAGUCUCUGAGUUAAGUCUGUAUGAGUGUUUGAGAAGGAAAAAGCAGCAGGAUGAUCGCAGCUCAGUUAUUAGCCUACUUCUUCACAGAGCUGAAGGAUGACAAAGCUAAAAAGAUUGAUAAGUACCUGUAUGCCAUGCGCUUCUCUGAUGAGACGCUGCUGGACAUCACCAAGCGCUUCAGAGCGGAGCUGACCAGAGGUCUGGGCGGCGACAGCAACGCCACCGCCUCGCUGAAGAUGCUCCCAACGUUUGUCCGCUCCAUCCCGGAUGGAACGGAGAAAGGAGAUUUCAUCGCGUUGGAUCUGGGAGGCAGCGCGUUCCGGAUCCUCCGUGUCAAAGUGAGCCACGAGAACAGGCAGACCGUUGAGAUGGAGAGCGAGACCUACGACACGCCGGAUGAAAUCAUGCACGGCAGCGGAACCAGACUGUUCGACCACGUGGCGGAGUGUCUCGGAAACUUCAUGGAGAAACACAAGAUCAAAGACAAGAAGCUCCCAGUUGGCUUUACCUUCUCCUUCCCCUGCCGACAGAAAAAGCUGGACGAGGGAUAUUUGAUAAAAUGGACAAAACGCUUCAAAGCCAGCGGUGUGGAAGGGGCGGAUGUCGUCCAGCUGCUCAACAAAGCCAUUGAAAAACGAGGAGACUACGAGGCCGACAUCAUGGCGGUGGUGAACGACACCGUGGGAACGAUGAUGACCUGCGGCUUUGAUGACCAGCGCUGCGAAGUCGGCAUCAUCAUCGGAACCGGCACCAACGCCUGCUACAUGGAGGAGCUGCGUCACAUCGACCUGGUGGAGGGAGACGAGGGCCGCAUGUGCGUUAACACCGAGUGGGGCGCGUUCGGGGACGACGGCAGUCUGGAGGACCUCAGGACGCAGUUCGACAUCGAGAUAGACCGAGGUUCUCUCAACCCGGGCAAACAGCUCUUUGAGAAGAUGAUCAGUGGGAUGUACAUGGGGGAGCUGGUGCGCCUCAUCCUGGUGAAGAUGGCCCGAGACGGGAUGCUGUUUGAGGGAAGAAUCACUCCAGAGCUUCUGACCAAAGGCACACUUCAGACCAAACACAUCUCAGCAAUGGAGAAGAGUAAGGAAGGUUUAAUCAAAGCAAAAGAGAUUUUAAGUCAACUUAGUCUGGAACCGUCUGAAGAGGACUGCACCGCUGUACAGCAUGUGGGUAUUCUCGCAAAAAAAUACAACUUGCAUUACUUUGUAUAUGAAUCAGUAUAUACAGUUUAAUAAACAAAAAUGAAAUAAACUAUCUAAUAAGUUCUGCAAGAAAACAGCAGAAGCAUUAAAACUGCAGGAUAAUGUAACGCCAAGAGAAAAAUGGUUUACCAGACUCAACCUGAACUAUCCUCUGUAAAUCCAGGACUCUGGACUUUUUACAACACGUGUUAAACUGGAGGCCCACAGGCCAAAUCCAGCCCAUCUUUGUGUCAUGUUUGCCAAAAUCGUUGAUUCAAAAGAACUCAUGGCCCAAAAAAACAAGAACAAAACUAAAAUAAAACAGAUAAAGUCCUCAUUGUAGACACUAAACAUACAAAUGUUUUUCCAGGUUUACUAUAUUCAAAGAAAGGCAUCUUGUUUUGUUUUCUGUCAUAAAAACAAUAUAGCAUCUGUCAUAAACACGAUAUAACAUCUGUCAUAAACACGACAUGACAUCUGUCAUUAACACAAUACAACAUCUGUCAAACACGAUACAACAUCUGUCAUAAACACGAUAAAACAUCUGUCAAAAACACGAUAUAACGUCAUAAACACGAUACAGCAUCUGUCAUAAACACGAUACAACAUUUGUCAAACACGAUACAUCUAUCAUAAACACGAUACAUCUGUCAUAAACACGAUACAUCUGUCAUAAACACAAUAACGUGUCAUAAACACGAUACAUCUGUCAUGAACUCUAUACAACAUCUGUCAUGAACUCUAUACAACAUCUGUCAUGAACUCUAUACAAAAUCUGUCAUAAACUCUAUACAACAUCUGUCAUAAACACGACACAGCGUCUGUCAUAAACAUGACACGUCUGUCCUAAACACGACAUGUCAGUCAUAAACACGACACAACGUCUGUCAUAAACACGACAAAAUGUAUGUCCUAAACACGACACAUCUGUCAUAAACACGACAACAUUUGUCAUGAACACGAUACAGCAUCUGUCAUAAACACGAUACAUCUGUCAUGAACACGACACAGCGUCUGUCAUAAAGACGACACAGUGUCUGUCAUAAACACGACACGUCUGUCAUAAACACGAUACAGCGUCUGUCAUGAUUACGACACGUCUGUCAUAAACACGACACAAUGUGUCAUGAAGACGACACAACGUGUCAUAAACACGACACAGCGUCUGUCAUAAACACGACACAGCGUCUGUCAUAAACACGACAUGUCUGUCCUAAACACGACAUGCACGACACAACGUCUGUCAUAAACACGACAAAAUGUAUGUCCUAAACACGACACGUCUGUCAUAAACACGACAAAAUGUAUGUCCUAAACACGACACGUCUGUCAUAAACACGACACAAGUGUCAUAAACACGACAUCUGUCAUAAACACGACACAUUUGUCAUAAACACGAUACAGCAUCCGUCAUAAACACGAUACAUCUGUCAUAAACUCUAUACAACAUCAGUCAUGAACACGACACAGCAUCUGUCAUAAACUCGACAGCGUCUGUCAUAAACACGACAAAAUGUUUCAU